ACUAAAUCCAAGAUGAAGAGUACCUCUACGGCUGUCUUCCAGCUCUCGCGCUCCAGCUUCGGCUGGGGGCCUGUGGGCGAUGUUGACAUGUCCUGGGUCCACUCACCACCUUUAAAGGACAAUUUGAACGAGACUGAUUGGAGAUGUUGUUAACAAGCUGUUGAUAAAUGUCUGCUUGUCGAUGGACGUGAGCAGACCAAUUCUUCCCAAUCUUUAUUCUGCUCACCACAUAUGAUGCCUUUUUUGGAGCCAGCGGCUUAGAUGACAAACUGCUUGAUAUGCAGAGCAGUUACACAAAGCAGGACGGCGGAGGAGACACUCCCUUGCGUCUUGAUGGUUUCUUGAUUUGAAAAGACAUGAAUUGUGCUGCGUGUCUACUGAUUCCAAGUCUUGUUACGGUUGACUAUCAUGACUGCUACUCUUAUAUAGCAGCCUGGACAAAAUUGAUGCCACGGGGCAACUGCUUUGUGAAGAUCUUUUCCUUUUUUUUCUCUGACAAGCAAUGCAAUGUGUCUACGUCUGAGAAAUGCUAAGCCCAGGAACAGACGUCGCUUUUCCACCAUGCAUGACUGAGGAACGUGUAUCUCAAGAGGCCGGCAACAACCCGUGUUCGCUGCCUGCCACCACAUGAGAUUGGGAUGACGGCCACCUUGUCGGACACGGGCAGUAGAAUCACAGUGACCCCGAUCGAACAUUGACUGCCUGCACGCCUUCCUUGCAAGCCUCACGGCCAGAUGUACUCCUGGCGCAGUCCGCAGUGCAGGGUGAACUUGAAAGGCGCUGGCAGUGUCGCUUCCUCACCUGCGCGUCAACAACCACCUCUUCGCCUGCGCCCGAUCUAUUGAUCUAUCGCAGUCCACUCUUCUUUCAACCCUCACACUCAACCACUUCCCCCUUUGCACAACUACUACCUCUUACUAGCUCUCUUCAACCUCCAUGGUCAAGGUAUCCCCUCAACUAGCACAGGUUGUCGCGUAGUUGAGCACCUUGAUCAUGGCCCCACGGCGCGCAGGCGGAAAAGCUGGCGCGGCUGCAGCCAAAGCCAACAAGAUGAAGUCCAACAACAACGCCUUUGAUGACCUCUCUUCCGGCAACGAAUCUGACCAAGCUGGGGUUCCAAAGAUCCGAAAGAGAAAGAGACUUUCAGCCCAGGAGAAAGAAGCUGAGAAGAAGCGUCGCACCGAUCUUCGACUUGAACGUCGCUAUGGGCCAACCCCUGCCGUCCCUGAAUUGUCCGACGAUGACAUUCCUGAGUACGACGACAGCGAAAUUGACGACAGCACUCUGUGGACUGCCGAGCCUGAAUCCUCGUCGACUGACAAGCCUGAACCCUCGUCGACUGAGAUGGUGGCUCAAGUCGCGAGCAACGACGCAGCCCAGGUCGCAGGUAUCGUCACCAUCGGAGCCACCACCACAUCAGGCCAAGCCACCGUGAUCAAUGUGAACCUCAUGGACCUUCUCAAGCACCACCUGGGCCUCAGCGGCUUGAAGGUGAUGAGCGCACCGGCAGAAACCCUCAAUGUUCGACCGUCUGAGUUGAACAUGCCACGCGACACAGCCAUAGCAAAGCCCAACAAGCCCGAGGUCUACGAGGCAACCCUGCUGGGCCUCCCGACCGAAAUGCGUGUUCGUAUCUAUCGAUUCCUCCUCCGUGGCGACGAAGCUGUGGAUUUCGGCCGACGUGUCAACUUCUCCCGUUCAUCUGCUCUUCUGGCAACCUGCAAGCAGAUCCACCAGGAGGCUAGGGCGAUCUUGUAUGGGGAAAAUGCGUUCAACUUCGCUCGAAGCAUCGAGGUUCGUGGCAAGUUCUACCAAGAAACCUGGGAAGAGAUCGGAUACAAAGACGUCAGACAUUUCCUCGAGAGAAUUGGCCCAGCCAACGUUGCAUGCCUGAAAUACGUCUCCUUCGCCUUGACUGAUGCGACCGCGAGAAACUACCCCGGAGUCAGUAUCACUCAGCGCCGAUUCGUCAAGGAACCAACCUUGCAUGAGAUCUUCCGUAUGAUCGGAUCCAAAGCCACGCUGUACAAGUUGUCGCUCUUGUUUGCCGGUCGUGCUCGACUUGUCAGCGGCGAAUUCCACUUCUUGAAGGCCUUGACCGAGAUGAAGUGUCAUGAGUUGAUCUUGCUUGCCAACUGGCGAGGCAUGAACGGAAAGAUUCAGCCCACCCUAAUGCAAAAGUUGAAGAAGGCCAUGGUAGUCCCGUAUGACGACAAGGAGAGACUCCGCCCCAGAAUCGAGAAGGAGCAGGAAGUCAAGAUGAUCUACGAGACCAGCCCAGGCACCAAGUUCGUCAUCUGAAUUGCUUUCCAACAGACCAACAAUUACUGCUCACUGACAUGCCGACAUACACCCACCUGACGACGCGCGCCUGUGCAAUAGCACCACAUCGUCCAACGAAAUCCCUAGGUUCCCGGAUGUGCGGUUGAGAGAAUGGAAUGCAAGGUGAUUGAAUGUGAUGGAUGCGUGCAGGACCUAGUAGUCAAUGGUGGCUGAGCCAGAAACGGCGGCUCAACACGCAAAGGUCGUCGUUCGACUGGAUGGCGAAUGGUGGACGGACGAUUCAGUCUUCGGCGACAGCUAUGGGUGAGCACAAUGGACUUUUGUAUGAUGUACCUACCAAGCAAGUUGCAGUGAGCAAGGCUCUCACACUGCGAAAAGCAGAUGAUACCCCGGACAGUGUGUUCUCAUGAGCUGAAUUGAGCGUGGAUAGCAAGGGAAACUGAGAACACACGAAACAAUGCCAAAAAAUUCAUUCACAAUGACUA